CUGAAUAGGCCUCUGAUGGAAACGUCACAGAGUUUUUUGUGGUGUUGACAAAAUUCAUGCAGCAAGAGAGAAAAUUUUGCGAAAAACAGUGCAAUAACUAGGUGUGAUAUGAUUAUGGAGAGGAAAAUCAAAUUAAAGACUCUCAAUAGUCACAUCACAUGCAAAAUUUGCCGGGGAUACUUCAUCGAUGCCACCACAGUCACGGAAUGCCUCCACACUUUCUGCAAGAGUUGCCUGGUGAAGCACUUGGAGGAGAACAACACAUGCCCCACUUGCGGCAAUGUCAUCCACCAGUCACAUCCGCUUCAGUACAUCAGCUUCGAUCGGACGAUGCAAGACAUUGUGUACAAAUUGGUCCCCAAUCUGCAGGACAAUGAGAUGCGGCGCGAGAGGGAGUUCUACAAGGCGAGAAAUCUGCCGUGCCCGAAAGACCUGCCACAGAACCAUGAACUGGAGGAGAGUGGGACGGACAAGGCGAAUGAGGCGCACGCCGAGUCCGACUACCAUCGUCAGGACGAGCAGGUGAACGUGUGUCUGGAGUGCAUCAGCAACAAUCUGAAGAAUCUCAAGAGGCGCUUCAUCAGAUGCAGCUCUCAGGCCACAAUCACGCACCUGAAGAAGUUCGUGGCCAAGAAGGUGUUGAAUGGGAUGGACAAAUACAGAGAGGUGGACAUUCUGUGCAAUGACGAGCUCCUGGGGAAGGAUCACACCCUCAAAUUUGUCUACGUCACGCGAUGGCGAUUUCGGGAUCCGCCCCUUCGGCUGCAGUACAGACCUAGGAUAGAGCUGUAGAGUCACCACUUGAAACUACCCUCCUAAUGCACCCCCGCGUCCUCAGAUCUCAUUUCCGCACCCCCCAGAAAUCCCACUCAAAUCCCCGUCAUCAUCCCUUAUCGUGUCCCCAAAUUGUACAUUAUGUCUUCAUUGCUAUUAUUAAUUAUUAUGUAAUUGUAUGAAUUCAUGCAUUAUGAUAAAUUUUUCAAGUAUUCGUGUCCCUGAUUGUGUCCAAUUAUGAAAAGGAUUAUUCGUGUAAUUUUCUUUCUUUUUUUAUAUGCAUAUAGAUAGAGAAAAAGGAUGAAGAACAAUUUGAUAAGAUUUUCUUUCGUGUUGAGACUUUCUUUCUCUGUAAUUAAUUCUCUGAAUGGAAAUGAUAAAAAAACUGGUGGAAAAUGGGAAGAACAAUACAAGAAAUGGAAAGUGUAGUUUUCUAUAGAGAUGGUUAAUAAGGAAAAUAGUGAGUUUUUGUCUGAUUCCCCGAUCCGUGAAAAGAUAUAUGUUUUGUGCAAAAGGAUUGAAUAAUGUAGAUUAUGUCGAAGAACACACAACAGUGGAGAAGAACAACAAAGAGAAAGUGUUAGGAUUAAUUAAUAGAACAAAGAUAUAAAUUAUUAUGGAAAAGUUUCGAGUACA